AUGCCUCGUGAGAAGGAAAUUGGCCGUAUGAUCUUCGAACUCUAUGAAGAUGUAGUUCCUAAGACUGCUGAGAACUUUCGCCAAUUCUGCACUGGAGAAUACAGAAAGGAUGGUGUCCCCAUUGGUUACAAAGGGGCCACAUUCCAUAGAGUCAUCAAGGACUUCAUGAUUCAGGGAGGAGACUUUGUGAAUGAUUCUGCAAUUCCAGGAUACUUACCACAUGAGUACUUCACCAAAAUUCCUCCAAGGAAUCUUUCAUCUACCCUUUGCCAGAGGUGUUACUUCCUCAAGCACCACAAUGUCGCUCUGAAUGUGAAUGUUCCCCCAGAAUCCUAUGCUGAAAUAAUAUCUCCCAUUCGAAACAAGACAGCUCUGAUCCUACUCAUAGUUGACUUGGUUGAUUUUCCCUGCAGUUUCUUCCCAACAAUAUUGCAGAUUGUAGGACAUAAGCGCCCACUAUUCAUUGUUGGGAACAAAGUAGACCUGAUCCCUCAAGAUUCAGAUGGUUACUUACAACGGAUCAAGCGUUCAAUCUUUGAUACCCUUGUUUCUGCUGGAGUGAGUCCUAGCAACAUCAAAGACAUAGCUGUGAUAUCAGCCAAGACUGGCUAUGGCAUUGAAGAUCUCAUCACACAAAUUCACAAUAUGUGGGGAAGCAAAGGACAUCUUGGUCGUACCUUCAGAGAAAACCCCUCUGUAGUGAGACCUGACCCUUUUGAGUUUAAAGUGGAAGAUCCAUCUGAGAUGAAUACUGAGAGUGAAGACAAGUUGGAUCCUCAGAGCAAACACUACUUCUACUCUCAGUGGUGCUAUGAUACUCCGGGAACUGUCAACUUUGACCAAAUUAUCAACAUCCUGACAGCUGAAGAGUUGAUGCUGACUCUGCCAAAGUCAAUCCUAAAUCCACGGACAUUUAGAUUUUGGCCCAAUCAUACCUACUUCUUGGCUGGUCUGGCACGCAUUGACUUUCAUGGCUAUACUGAUGAUUCAUCUGAUGGAAUUCUGAUCACAUUUUUCGCAUCCCAAUAUCUCCCGAUUGUCUACACAUUGACGUCGGACGCCCAAUCUUUCUAUGACGAAAACUUGGGCACAGAAGUACUCCUGGUGCCUAGAGACAACCAGAAAGGACGGCUAGAUUCAUGGCCACGUAUGGGAUCCACAACCGUCCAGGUGGAAGGGGUGGGACUCCGAGAGAGUGCAGCUGAUAUCGUCCUCUCCUCAGCAGGUUGGGUGUCAGUGACAAUUCCAGAAGGGAAAAGAUGUAUAUUCGAAGUCCACACCCCUGGGGGACGAGGAGUGUUCCUUCGCCAACCCCCUAUGCUUCCAUUUGCAGUCAAUCUGAAGGGAUCAUCUGUGAAAAAAACUCCAGCUUUCAGGCUCAGCAGGCCUUAUACUCCGCGAGAAUGACCGGCGUGACAUUUAUAUUUUGUAAUAGGCAGUAAGUGAAAUAAAGGAUAUACUUUUUCCUG